AUGGCUGAUUUACAAGGUCGCAAGGUCUUCAAGGUUUUCAACCAAGACUUUAUCGUGAACGAGCAAUACAAUGUGACGAAGGAGCUCGGCCAAGGUGCCUACGGUAUCGUGUGUGCGGCUACCAACGUCCAGACCGGCGAAGGUGUCGCCAUUAAGAAGGUGACCAAUGUCUUCAGCAAGAAGAUUCUGGCCAAGCGCGCCCUCCGUGAAAUUAAGCUGCUCCAGCAUUUCCGCGGUCAUCGCAAUAUCACAUGCCUCUACGAUAUGGAUAUUCCCCGACCGGAAAACUUCAACGAAACAUAUCUCUAUGAGGAAUUGAUGGAAUGCGACCUGGCUGCCAUCAUCCGCUCCGGUCAGCCUUUGACUGAUGCCCACUUCCAGUCCUUCAUCUACCAGAUCCUCUGCGGUCUCAAGUAUAUUCACUCGGCGAACGUUCUGCACCGUGAUCUGAAACCCGGUAACCUGCUGGUCAAUGCGGACUGUGAGCUCAAGAUCUGCGACUUCGGCCUGGCCCGUGGUUUCUCGAUCGAUCCGGAGGAGAACGCGGGGUAUAUGACUGAAUACGUCGCGACGAGAUGGUACCGUGCACCGGAGAUCAUGCUGAGCUUCCAGAGCUACACCAAAGCCAUUGACGUUUGGUCCGUGGGCUGCAUCCUCGCCGAACUCCUCGGUGGCAGACCCUUCUUUAAGGGCCGCGACUAUGUUGACCAGUUGAACCAGAUUUUGCACUACCUGGGUACACCUAACGAAGAAACUCUGGCGCGCAUUGGAUCGCCCCGCGCACAGGAAUACGUGCGCAACCUUCCCUUCAUGCCGAAGGUGGCGUUCAAGCAGCUGUUCCCGCAAGCUAACCCGGAUGCGUUGGACCUGCUGGAUCGCAUGCUGGCAUUCGAUCCAUCGUCGCGUAUCUCCGUCGAGGAGGCUCUCGAGCACCCCUACCUGCACAUCUGGCACGACGCCUCUGACGAGCCGAACUGCCCAACGACCUUCGACUUCCACUUCGAGGUCGUCGAUGAAGUUCCGGAAAUGCGCAAGAUGAUCCUCGAUGAGGUCAUUCGCUUCCGCGCUACUGUCCGUCAGCAAUCGCAGGCCCACGCUGCCCAGCAGCAGCAGAUCGCCCAACAGACUAACGUCCCCAUCCCGGAGAACCAACAGGGCUCUUGGAAGACUGAGGAUCCUAGACCUCAGGAGGCUACCGCUGGCGGUGGUUACAACCCUAAUGACUUGGAAUCCUCGCUGCAGCGCGGCAUGGAUGUGCAUCACCGUUGA